GAUCGCAUGGUUAGUCAGGUGCGAGCUGCUUUCAAGAGAACACGCUUCAAGCUUCACGCGCGCGCACUGAUAAGCGCCAUAAGCAACGCCUACGGCGACAUGGCGGAAACGCAAUCCGUUUGGAUCCUUGUAAUUGUUUGGGUUUUGGUCAUUACAGCGGAAGCUAGAUGCACGGAACAAAGAAGAAGUGUCGAGCCGUGGAGGCAUUUUCCCAAGCUCUACGAUUAUGAUGACUUCGACGAGUGCAAACGUGCGAACCCAGACAAGUACCAGUACUGCGUUGUGAAGGCACACCUCGAAGAGAACGCAAGCUCGCAGUUGUGGCGAGAAAUUAACCAAUACUCCAAUGACCCACGCCAUUACCGUCGUGAUAUAAUAGAACUGGGAAUCUGUUUAGAUCGCUGCACUUUAGUUAGUCUAGAAGAAGACGGGAGACACCACAGUACUGCUUCAACCAGAGAUUCGAAAUUUGCCAAAGAAUGUGCCUCGGAACGAAUCAAAUUAAACUACGGUCUGAAUUCUUCAUCGCGAACAUCGACCUGCGUCGGAGCGUCAAAUAACAUAGUAGAUUCAUCAUCAACCAUACUACCAGAAACACUAUUCAAUGCAAUCAUUGCAGCUAUUGGUACACUAAUCAUCACAAGUACGAUAAUUGACGUUAAGAAUUUACCAUGCAAAGGCUCCAGACUGAUCAAGUCCUUUUCGUUGUCCGAAAACUUGCGGAAGCUGGGAGCAUUGAAUUCGCGAUCCCGCAAUGAUCUGCUCUUUCUGGAUGGUGCCAGAGUUCUCACGAUGAUGGUUAUUCUACUGUUGCACGCCAGCAUUCCGCUGUUACGUUUUCCUCUAAAAAAUCCAGAAAGUGUGGAACAGCAAUUCGAUAUGGCGUGGUUUCCUGUUUUACUGGCUGGGAACACUUACGUGGUGCAGCAGUUUUUCUUCUUCGGCGGAGCAGUGCUUGCAGUUAAUUUUACGGAUCACAUUCAAGCUAACAGCGAUUUUAAGUUUUCUUAUUUCGUGAACAGAGUCUUCAACCGGUUGUUUCGAAUCUUUCCAGUUUAUGCACUAGUAGUCCUCUUCCAGGCAUCCUGGUUUCAGCGAUUGCAAAACGGUCCGAUGGCUUUUCGCUACAAGGACUAUUGCCGCGAAAAUUGGUGGACAAAUCUGCUGUUUGUAAACAAUUAUAUUCGUCCUAGUGAACCGUGUGCACAAUUUACUUGGUACAUGGGAGCAGAUUUUCAGCUGUUUCUUGUUGGAACAAUAGUGAUGAUGGUUAUUUGGAAAUACCCAAGGACGUUUUGGUUCAUCAUUCGAGCAAUGAUUGUCUUUGCGUUUGUGGUCCCAGCUGUGAUUAUCUACGUGUAUAAGCUGGAUGCUACUGUAAUGGUUAUAAAUAGAUAUCUAACAAAUGAAAUCCGGAACCUUGAUUUUUAUACAAAAGUAUACGUAACAUUUGAAAGUAACGCAGGAAAUUACUUUUUUGGGAUGAUCACAGGAAUGAUAUACCAAAAAUUAAACAUUAAGAAAAAACAACUUGAGUCCAUAAAGCACUUCAAGCUUAUGUUCCUGACAGUUGGAAUAUUCUUCAUUACAAUGAUGGCUUUAACGAUGGUUUUGCCUCGAGAUCAGCUGCACUCGCGAUCGCUUCCGACUGCAAUCUACGGCUCUCUACUGAAAAGUUCCUGGGGCAUACUGACCGCAAUGCUUAUGCUGUACCUCUGUUUCCAACCAGGGAGUCUUUUCGGUUGCCUUCUUCAGCAUCCCAUUAUGCUAGUGGCAGCUAAACUCACAUACUGCGCUUACGUUGCCCAAUAUAGUGUAAUUUACACGAUUUAUCGGAAUAUCACGACUCCUUUGAUGUACAAUGGAAUCAAUCUGGUCCUGUUUUCUUCCACGGUGCUAUUUGUCACGUUAUUGGUGGCCUUCCUACUGCAUGUCUGCGUUGAAAUGCCAUUUAUUACACUACUCAAACCGUUACUAGAUUGGCGGCAGCGAAAAAAAGACCAAUAAAAUAGUAGGUGCCUGUUAUUUUGCUAGCGUGAAAACAGUGUAACUAGAAAGGCGUUAACGAUAAAUGAAAAAUGAGUAAAGUACAAUCAAAGCAAUGGCGCAAGGGUAAACAAGAAUGAACACAUUAGAAUCGCAAUUCAACAAUUCUACUGCAUAACUUGUGAUCACUAUAUAUAGUUACCUAAAAUUUGAUUUACCAGAAUAAUGUUAUAUUUAAGAAAAAGACUGUUAUAAUUAUUAUUGAUGUGCCGUAAGGAAAAUGGAUAAUUAUAGAAAUAUGUUUUUAAGUAAA